AUGGCUCAUUUCCUUCUUCUGUUGAUGUACGGGAUGGGCGUGUUUCUUUCGGAGAAGUUGGGUGAUUGGAUGAUGGAAUGGGGUCUGGGUGCAAGGAUCCCAGAUUCAUCUGCUCAAACGACAACUUCGGAGCAGCAGCUGUUCUCGCGACAGACCUGGGAUAGUGGUAGGGGUGAUCACGAGCACGAUUUACUUGACGACGACGACCUCGACGAUAUCGACCUCACGGCAUCGACGAACUCGACGACGACGACGACAAGGCAACGAGAUGGACAUCAUGACAUCGACACCGAUGACGACUACAACGACGACGACUACGACCACCUCGAUAACGACGACAACAACAAGGCAACGAUAUCGAAGGCCUCGGUUGGGUGGUAG